UUUCAUGACAUUAGUGAUAAUAAAAAAUAUUUGUAUACCUCUUUACCACAGAAAAUGCAAUUUGUUAAAACAGUAUACGAUAAUUUAAUUCAAAAAUGCAUGAUUAAAUACUGUAGAAGUUUAUACGAUAGCCGUAUGCGGUAAUUUCUUUAAAUUUUAUUGAUUGUAAUCCUUCAUUCAAAGAUAUGGUUUUGCUUUCUACGUAUAAUAUACGUAUAGAUUAGGCAUAAGCCAAAUACGCUGAAUUUAGCGUUAUAUACAGGCACUCUAGAUUUGUUGAUCUUCAAUGAAAACGUUUUAUUUAAUUCCUCCUUAUUUACUGAAUUUUAUACCUUGAAAAUAAUGAUUGGUAUGCGAAUGAACGCGUUUAAUGAUACAGGACUUGGUGAACCAGAACAAGAUGCAAAUACCGCACUUAUAGAAUUAGAUAAAGGUUUACGAUCAACAAAGAUUGGCGAGCAAUGUGAAGCCAUAGUGCGAUUUCCUCGAUUAUUCGAGAAAUAUCCUUUUCCUAUAUUAAUAAAUUCUUCUUUAUUAAAAUUGGCAGAAGUUUUUCGUACUGGCAGUAAUUUUUUACGUGUUUGGGUCCUUAGAGUAUGCCAGCAAAGUGAGAAGCAUUUAGAUAAAAUUUUAAAUGUUGAUGAAUUUGUGAGACGUAUUUAUAGUGUUAUACAUUCUAAUGAUCCUGUUGCUAGAGCUUUGACUCUGAGAACAUUAGGCAGUGUGGCUGGCAUUAUACCAGAAAGACAACAGGUUCAUCAUAGUAUAAGAAGAUCAUUAGACUCUCAUGAUUCAGUUGAAGUUGGAGCUGCAAUAUAUGCUGCCCAAAUGUUUGCUGCACAAUCAAAAUUAUUUGCUGUUUCCAUGUGUAGCAAAAUAUCUGACAUGAUUAGAGGUCAAGCAACACCAGCAUCAAUGAAAUUACAACUUAUACCUAUUUUACAAUAUAUGCAUCAUGAUACUUUCACAGCUUCAAUGGUAAAUGAGCUUUGUAUGGAACUCCUUGGUAGCUAUCCAGCUGUUGAAUUUGUGAGAGUCACAUUAAGCGCUUUAAGUACACUAGCUUCUGCAACAUUAAUUGAUGUUCCACAACAAGUUGCUCUUUUAUUACGUUACCUGCAAGAUGAUCCAAGAUUGACUAUCAAACGCCAUGCUUUACAUCUACUGCAUUCGUUAGCAAGAAGAGGAGCACAUUUAUGGCCGCAGGGUGCACUUAAUAAUUUGAUAGAAAGUACUACAACACUUCUACAAGAUGGUGCUGGGAAUAAAGACCUUCUUAUACGAACGUUAGAUGUAAUCGAGGUACUUAGUCAGAGUGCAGUAACAUGUGAUGCAAACAGGGAAGAAGGAAAUCCCCUAUUAUCAUUAUGUGUAAAUGCUUGCUAUUCUCCUGAUCCUUUCAUUGCAGUGAAAGCAAUUACUAUUUUAGCUAGAGUUGCAUGUUAUUGCUAUGAAGAAAAUUUGCCAGCUUAUGGUAUACAGGAUGUUGUAUCUUGUCUGGAAUCUUUGAUUGUAUUAUUAGCAUUGGAUGACAAGUAUUUAUAUCAGUUGAAAGCUUGUUUACGUUCGACAGUAAAACUAUGUCAAGCUCAACCUAGCCAUUGUUCAAUAUUUGUCGAUGCCAUAGGUAGUACACUUUUCAAUACUCAUGCAGAAGGUGGACAAAGUGAGAAACAAGCACUUGCUUUAUGCGAAGCAUUGGGUGCUAUUGGAAGUUUAGGUGAAAAUACAUUACUUCCACUUUUACCAGACAUAUUAAUAAAACUUGAACAAACUGUGCAUAUACAUACGAAGGUAAUGUUAUGUACGCUACUUUUUCAAAUGAUAACGGGAGGAUAUGAAUGGAAUUCAGAAUGUUUGGAAGCAGUAGAAGAGGUUAUUAAAAAUGUAGAUGGUUGGGCCAAAUAUCGAAUUGCACGUAGUGCCGCAAGAUAUGGUCAUCAUACGAUAGCAACUCAAAUAUUUAGAAGUUUAAAGGAAACAGUUGCGUCUGAACAAUUACACUUUUGGUUAUGUGGUUUGGAAUUAGUUACGAAAGCUGAAAGUUUUCUCAUUGAAAAAACAGGAGAAAUAGAGGGCAGAGAAAGAAUUCAUACUGUGGGAAAGUUAAACAAAGCUAUUGCGCGUUACGCGAGUGCAUGCGCUUCAUUAAAAGCUGCUAGUACGCCAUUACGAAGUUUACAAUUUGCUAGCGAAUAUUCGAAAUUACGGUGUGAAUUUCUUCAAGCCAUUGUGCAACUUUUACAUUCAUGCAGAUCUCUUUGCACAGCUCCACCACCUGCUAUUACAUGUACAGUAGUUUUAACUACAAAAGAUGACCUACAGCGAUAUGGACGUGUUACUAAUCAGUUGAGGAAAUCAGCUCAAGAACUUAAAAACUGUGCGGAGAACUACCAGAAACUUUAUCAAUCAGCUUUUGAUGCUGAUCCUGGAUCAUUAAUAAACAUACGAGCAUUACAAGAAAUUUGUCGUUUGUUAGCGAAUAGCGUCGAGCGUGUUUGCGGCGGUACAGGAAUUCAGACGUAUCAACAAAACGAAGUCAAUUUUAAUUUUGGCGAUACCGUAGAAAUGCGUCAACUGGCUCGUUGUUGCACCGAGUUACGUCGUUUAGCGCCAAGCUAUAUAGGUGAAAAUAAGGCAGCUGCACUUAGUCAUUCGAGAAUAAACUGCUUAGUCUCACAGGUGAUGUUAUUAGCUGGAACAAAAAUGAGAUUACCUAUACCUCGAUAUUAUUUCCAAGCUUUGCAAGCAACUAGUGUCAAGUUGUCUGUCUCACCGCAACCACGUGUUCUUGGUGAACCAGUAUCCGUUCCUCAAGGAAGUCAAUUAGCGUUAAAAGUUGAAGGAGUGUUACGACAUGGUCGACGCGCUUCUCUUUAUCGUUCUGUUGCUGCUGUUUGUAUUUCUAUUUCUACUUCGCCUCCAUCUAAGAUUAAUUCGGAUCAGAAGGAUUCUAAUACCAACGAACUACAGCAAACAGUUACGCCACAUCGCGAUUUCUUCGCUUGUGAAUUCUUACUUUCAUUAGGAAGUCCGGGUACAACUACAACAGCGUGUGUAAGUAAUACCACUAAUGUCAACAAUAACGUAAACACUAGUGGUGGACAAUAUCAAGUCACGGCAAGCGCGAGUAUACUUGACAAGGAUGGCAAUGUGUGGAAAUGCGGACCGCGUUCCACGCUUCAAGUCAGGGUACACGAAGAACCGGCUAAAAGAAAGUUACCAUAACAAUGUGAUCGUGUAUUUUUUAUUAUACAACAUUGUGCAUAUACCGCAUGUAGAAUAAAAAAUUGUUUUACUUCAAUCAAAAUUA